CGGUGCUCUACUGCGCAUGUGCACAUUUCCAAACCAAUCCUAGGCGCAGGCGCAUAAGCAUUUAGUAACAAUAAACUAGUAAAUAUAUCCAUGUUUAAGGGAAAGCAUGAGAUAAAUCUUCCUAAUUCUUCACUCUAAUACGAGAUAAACGCUAAUGUCAGAUCAGUUAACAAGUUAAAAAAUUUCUGUUAAUCGGAGUAAAGUUAUCAUCCGUUCUGAACCUUGCUUGAAAACUUUACGUACAAUUCGAUACAUAGGAGUGAAAAUUAUAUAAAUACACUCGUUCAAUCCUCAGUUUAACAUAGAUUAAAACAUCUGCAAUCAAGUUCUGAUCUUUGGGAUUGAUGAUAAAGGAUUCUUGAUCCGGGAUUGAUGAUCCAGGAUCCAGGAUGGAAAGCUCUGAUGAUCCUACCGCGGUAGGACGGAGCAGGAGAGCCCUGAGAACUAGAACUAGUAAUACAGGUGGUGCCUCUGAAGGUUCUGCAGCUACAGGAUCUGCCCUACCACCUCCAGGUCCACCUUCAACAGGAGUAGCUCCGGUGGGGGCAGAAUCUCCCAGAUCUGAGGCCAGUGAUGGCCGAGCCAGUCGAUCAUCCAAUCCUGAGUUUGCAGCGAAGCAGAAGGCAUUCAUGGCAAAGGUGACGGCUGCCACUAAAGGAAGUAUGGAUACUUAUCUAACUCAGGAGAUGGUUUCUAUUCAACCCGUCUCAGGGAAGAGGAAACAACUGGUAAGAAACGAUGAUGAAAACGUGAAGAGACGGAGAAGUACUCGAACCAACUCCAGUGGGUUGGAUGUACUAAGUGAUGGAUACUGUUGGAUUUGUCACAAGGAAGGUGACGUUAUGUGUUGUGAAACGUGUCCUCGUGUUUAUCAUUAUAAAUGUAUCCAACUAGAGUCUAGUCCAGCAGAGGACUGGGUUUGCCCUGAAUGCGUCCUGAUAAUGAGUGCGGAGAACAUGGAAACUCGAUCCAGGGCAAUGCGUCUCCUCACAAUAGAUCAGCUAUGUACCUUGCUCAAACACGCCUUAUCUAGAAUAAAAACUGUUACAAAUGUUGACCCCUUCCUGAAACCAGUUGACCCUCUCCAGUUCCCAGCAUAUAAGGAUUACAUCUCCUGCCCAAUGGAUCUACAGAGCAUUGAACGGAAUAUCCGACGGAAACAAUACGGAAGCACGGAAUCAAUGUUGGCGGAUUGUAAAUGGAUUCUUCACAACUGUAUAAUCUUUAAUUCUCCGUCUAGUAAGCUGACCAGUAUUGCUAAGAGUAUUGUGAAGAUAUGUAAGCAUGAGAUGCAGGAGAUUGAGAAUUGUCCUGAUUGCUACCUUAAUGCUCACGUAAAGAAGGAGGUGUGGUUCACAGAGGCGUGUCGGCUUCCCCACCCCUUGGUCUGGGCUAAACUCAAGGGAUUCCCUUAUUGGCCGGGGAAAGUUAUGCGCGUUAAUUCCGACAAUAGUGCGGAUAUCCGAUUUUUCGGAGCUCACGACCGCGCCUGGAUUCCGAUUAAGGACGUAUUCCUCUACAGUAAAAAGCCUCCAUCUGAUAUAAAGAAGAAGAGAGGAAAUAUUGAUACAUGUUUUGAUGAAGUUGAGAAACAUUUAAAGAAGCUCAGAGACAGAUUUGGCAAAAUUGAUUAUGCUAACCAUAGAACUCCUUAUGAUCAUUCGAAGGAGGCUGAAAUGAUAAAGAUUUUGUUUCCCAACUAUACCCUGCCCUUCGAUAUAGGUAAGCUGGGACGGAGAACCCGGAGCUAUAGUUUCACCGGGAGUGAAAGAUCCCGGGACGAUGAUACUCCGACUCCUAGUGAGUCCGGAGGUAUGGAAGAUUAUGAAGAGCAGGAGGAGACAAUUAAGAAUAUUGAAGAAGAAUCUAUUACUGCAGAACACGAAGAGGAGAAUGUCGACAAGGUUCUUGAACCUGUUGAGGUUCAGGAUAAUAUAGAGUUGGAGGCCCAGCUUGAAAAAGAAAAUGCUCCGAUUGAGUUUAAAACACCAAAUGAUGAUAAAAAAGAAGAAAUGGAAGAAAAAGAUGAGAAAAUGGAAGUUGGUGAGGAUGAAAGCCUGGCGGAGAAGAAUAUUCCUGCUCAAGAUAAAAUAAAUGGAAAUCCCAAAACAACUGUUAUCAAUCAAUCAAUUUCAACAGAAAAUGAGAAUAAAGAAGAAAAGAUGGAGAAGGACGAAAUUGUCAAAGAAAAUACAAUCACAGCUGAUAAAUCAGAAGACGAGACAAAUACUAGUUUAGUUGAAGAUGUGAACCAAGAUAAUAAGGAAGACGAAGAUAUCAAGGUGCAAAAGAAAACAAUCGAGACAGGAAAGGAGGAUCCGAAAUGUGAAUCUAAGCUUGCAGAAAGUUUACAAUCAUCCCUUUCAGCUGAUGUUACAGAGGUUGCCGUUGUACCUGGAGAAGUAGGGCGUGUUGCAUCCUCUCCACCCUGUGAAGUAACUUCAACUACUGCAGGCCAGGAGAAGGUUGAGGAGAAGAAGAGAGAGGAAGGAAAGCUUGUUGAGGGAAUUAUAGCGGAUAGCAAUGAAAAAGUUAUAAUAGAGGAGGAAGAUUUAGAGGAAAUCGAUGAUGUUGAACCUACUGAAGAUCUAGUCGAAGAAUCGACACAGAUAAUAAAUGAUGAAGAUAAACAAAAUAAGAAUGACGAUGCCGGUGAUGAAGAAAUAGAUGACGUGGAACCAUCCUCAGAUGAAACUAUAAACCAGGAAAAGAAAACCCCCAAACUAGUUGAUACUGCAGGCCUGUUAGAAGCAGGAGUUAGCAUUACAAAGAUUGACAGAACCAAGAUAAAAGAUAAACCGCUCAAAGAUGAAACUAAAGAUAACUCAGAUGAUAUUAGUGUAACCUAUAGUAGCAAGGAAGGAGCUAAGUCUCGGAAGGACGAGGAGAGGGAGGAGUCCAGGAAUCCUAGAGGAGUUGAAAAGAAACGUUCCAGUACAAAUACAGAGAUCGAUCUGGACUCUGAGAACGAUUCUAUUCUGACAAUCAGUAAAGUUGUUUCUUCCAAGGAGGUUCGAGAAUCUCCGCGUCCUUCCUCACAGAGUAGUUCUGGAGAGGGAAGAAGAUCUCAUAACUCCAGUCCCUUAGUUCAACAACAACUAUCCCACCCCUUCUUUGCUCCUAGACUACCUGGUUAUAGGGGACCUAUCCCGCCCAUGGGUCCUAGGGGACCUCACAUGAUGAUGGGCCCUGGACAGGGUAUGAUGAUGAGGGGCCAGUACCGUGUACCUUCUCCUGGACCACAUGGUCCACCAAAUCUGCAAACUCGUCCUGCUGGACCACUCUCCCUUCCACCCAGUCUUCCAUCCAUAGCAGGUCCAGUGGCAGAGCAGCUUAAUAAGGUCGCGGCCAAACUUGCCGAAACCUUGAAGAAAAGUCUCAGGGAUACCUUUGCGGAUCUGGAGAACGAGGAAACCCCAGAUAACACGAUUAAAAAGCUGCAGAUAGAGUGUGAGAAACUUCAGUGGAGGCAUCAGCAGGAAUUAAACGAGAUGAAACACAACGCUGACCUCGUCAUCAUGGAGAUGAGAAGCACAAUGGAGCAGGAGAAGCAGAAAGCAGUCCGGGACUGCAGGAAGGUUGCAGAUGAGGAGAAGCAAGCUGCAAUCCAAGAAACCAAGAAGAAACAAUGGUGCUCUAUGUGCGGAAAGGAAGCAAUUUUCUACUGUUGUUGGAACACCUCAUACUGCGACUAUCCUUGCCAGCAGGCGCAUUGGCCGGCACAUAUGUCAACCUGCUCACAGAACUCAGAUGCUGCCGGGGCUGAAGAGGUGAUGAACGGAGUUCAUCAUGAACCAAUUCACCAUCAACCUCAUCCUUCUCAUCCACAUUACAUGCACCAACUACCACCUGUACCACCUCAUCAUGUACGAGGUCCUACGCAGCAUAUGCGUAUACCCGGAGAUAUGAGCGGAAUGAGGUUUGGAAUGCGUCCGACACAUCCCGGACAAAUGUUUAAUCGGCCUUAUUACAUGUAACCAAGCAUAAUAAUACUUUUUCUAUGCAGUUUAAUUGUGACAAAAAAUAAUAUUUUUAAAACUUAAAAUGUAUAUACGUAUGUACAAGUACUCUGUACUUAAGCGUGUACAUAUGAACAAAAUUUGUCUGUAUCUUAAAGCGCUAAUUUUUUAGUGCGAGUUUUCUUCGGUAAAUAAUAAAAUUUAAGGAACUUAA